GUCAUUUUGGACGUAUUUAAUAAGCUAUAGGUUAGUAUGGCUUUUCGUUCCCCGAAAACGUCUCGCACGUUAAGCACAAAAGAUGUCAUAUGACUAUGGAGAGAAAAAUGGUAAAAAAAGUUUUACUAUAAAUACAUAUUAAGGCCCUCAUACAUGGGUGUUACGCUUUCCUAAUGCUGGAGGAACAAAGCAAUCCCCAAUCAACUUAAACACAAUGUCAAUGAGGCUUGACGAAUCACUGGCUCCAAUAAAUGUGGACUUAAAUGGACUUCAAAACCAAACUUUACACGUUAAAGACCACAAUUUCUCAGUCGAAGUGAAAGGAAACGCAGUAUUAUCCGGUGGUCCAUUGGCAUCAGAAUAUAAGCUGAUACAAUUUCAUUUACAUUGGGGAUCCGGUAAUAAUUGGGGCUCCGAGCAUAUGAUCAAUGGGAUAAGUUGUCCAGCUGAACUACAUUGUGUAUUUAUUAAUACUAAAUAUGCUACAAUGGAAACCGCUAUUACUUAUUCUGAUGGAUUAUCAGUUGUCGGUAUAUUUUUUCAAUUGGGCAAAUCAUCGAAUAAUAAUAACGCCUUAAAACGUUUAUGCUCAUUGUUGAAAUCAACAAAGAAAGGCGAAAGCAAAGAUAUUCAACCUAUGCUUGAUUUGAACACACUUUUGCCAACAUCAUGAAGUGGUAAUUUAGUCGAAGAAAAUUCCACAUUUUUCAUGUAGGCGAGUAAAAACGACAGAGAACGAAAUACGCCCUCCAUCAUGGAUUAUUAUAGUGCAAUCAAUAAUUCCCGUUUUAUUUUGGGUGGUUGUCAAGUGAAGGGUCAAAAUUGCGAAUGACAGUGGAGGUUAUCCCCACUUAAUUUAUAUGAUCGCUUAAUUACAAGGAAUUGAAGACAAUUCACUGGAAAAACUUCUCUUCUACAAAAUCAUUUACCGAAGCUGUACAUCUGUAUUAUUAGUGAAAGGAGUACACAAUUUAUGUACAUUAUGUUGAUGAUUUAUCCAGAUACUACACGUAUUCCGGAUCAUUAACUACCCCACCAUGUAAUGAAUGUGUCACAUGGAUCGUUCUAGAUGAGCCGGUAGUGAUGACUAUUGAUCAAAACUUUAUAGAAUAACUAAAGAUCAACAUAAUAUCCGUCCAUCAUAUGAAUGAAUAACCUUUUAUUCCCUGUGAAUCAUGUUGUUCAAUAUAAACUUAGCCAAUAUUUUCAAAUAGAAAUUCAUUAUAAUCAAGUUGAAAAAACAAGAAAGAAAAUUCAAAAAGUUUUUCAUUCGAAAGAAACUGAAAUCAAUAAUGAAGUUUGUUUCAAUGGAGUAGAAACUCGAAUUACCGAUCAAUUUAUAGUCACGAGAAACGGAAUAUACGAUUUCCCUUGUUUUAUUAAUGACCCUGAUAAAAAAAAGUGUUAAUUGACAGUAAAUUUUCGUGAUAGAUAAAUGUCUUUUUUUUCUUUUUCAACUCUUAACUGUCGAUUUAUUGCUAAUGAUUACAAUCUAU